AUGGACAGAGUACGCUCUUUGAUUGGAAGCCGCCGGGGACGCGGACGCAAUCGCCAACAUCCUUCUUAUUCUCAUAAUGGAUCUCCAUCAACCGUGAAUCUCUUGGGAGCUGAUGGUUAUGGAGACGACCAAUCUACUAUAUUUACACGAGAGAAUGACCCUCUGGAAAUCUCUGCCAAUGAAGGGGAUGAUAAUGCGGAUGCAGCCACUUUGAAUACUGUGAUAUCAGAAGGCUCAACAAUAGGAGAUCUACAAAGACAAGGCUAUGUUAACAGAGCCCCAAGAUUUACAUCAGAAAGGGCCAUACCAUUCAUUUCGGUGUUACUACAACGGGGGUUUUUUGCAUUCCCUAGUGAAGAAUCUUUCCAGUUAUUUUUACAUAAUAAGAGAAAGCUUGAUAACAUUGAUCCAAAGACGGGUCUGGGACUUCCCCUAUUUCACGCUAUUUCUUUAAACCUAGUUAAGUCACUUUUUAGUGAUCAAAAUACGCCGGUAAUGAGAAUUUAUAAAUACGUUAUGAUAGACUCUCAAUGCGAAAAGCCUCCACUCAACUCAGAAGUAAUCUCUCAAAUAAAUGAAAAUGUGUCCAUAUACAAAUAUGAAUUCUGCACUAUUUUAAAAAAAAUGGAAAGCCAUAAUUUUUCGAGCAGAGUAGAGCACGUUUUUAUAUUUCAUAGAAAGAAUGAGCCUGAUGUUCACAUUCCCAUGAUUAACUAUAAUCAAAGAAAAAAUGCAGAUACAACAGUUCACGGACUAAAUCUUCGGUGGUAUGGGACAACAAGUUUAGCUUCACCCUUUGGCUCGAAUAGCAUUAACCUGCUUGUACUUGAUGAUACAAUGGCAUCCUACAUGAAUCAACGCACUAUUGAGGAGUUUGAUUCUUACAGUCGUUCCCGUCCCACAAGACCGUUGGGUUACCUCCCAGUUUGGGCGAGAUAUACAGAUGAUAAAGUUAGUGUCAUACCGAAAAAGAGAACUUUGAGAGUAGCUACCUUUUACUUACAAGAGACUGAUUCGUUCGACGAUGGCUCCAGCUUAACAUCUACCAAUUAUAGUGAAAUGGGUUCCAAUAUCAUUGACAAUGUGCCGUGGGAUAGUCAGAUACUGACUUGUAUGUGCAUGCUUUUACAUGAAUAUGAAUCAAGGAAGGAAAAACGCCACACCGCAUGGGGUAGCUCAACCACAUAUAUGUUAAAUGGACCGGCAGGACUACUGAUGUAA